AUGCGUAUUUGUGCGUCGUCUACAGCCCCAUCACGAGUUCCGGUUGCUAAGGCACAUCAACCCCCGUCUCUACAUUCCGGGAUUCCGGCGACUGGCGACUGCAAGAAUGUGGACCUUUCAGUACCCGUGCAUGCGCACAACUGCCGCUUUCCGGUUAAAAAUUUCGUGCGUGCUGCGUGCGCGUGCGCACGCGGUAGCCGGCCAGAGGGGGUAGGUGGCGGCGCACGCGAUUUGCUCCUUUUGUGCGAUUGCAGUUUACCACGAAUUCACGGCCGGUUUGAUUUGUGUAAGAGCAGUUGCAGCCGCCGGGACCCAGGAAUGCGGGUCGCGUGCCCGGCGAAGCAGAUCUUCCAGAAGGUCACCCAUGUCAUCUUCGACCUGGACGGGUUGCUGCUGGAUACCGAAAUUCUGUACACAAAAGCGGCCCAGAACGUAGUGUCCAAAUACGGCAAAUCCUACACACAAGAAAUAAAACAUAAAACGCUGGGCUUUCAAGGGGCCGACGCAGCCAAAGAAGUUGUCAAACUUUUAGAUUUGCCCCUGACAUGGCAAGAAUAUUACAAACUGGUCAAACAGCAGUACCCUGUUGUUAUGAGAAACGCGAAUUUCAUGCCAGGAGCGGAGCGCCUCGUCCGGCACUUCCACACGAAGCAGAUUCCUAUCGCCGUGGCAACGUCUUCCGGCCAAGACACCUAUGACAUCAAAGUAGAGCAUCACAAGUCCCUUUUCUCGCUUUUCAGUCACGUAGUGACCGGAGGCACGGAUCCUGAAGUCAAGAGCGGUAAACCGAGCCCCGACAUUUUCCUCGUGUGCGCGCGCCGGUUCAAGGAUUCGCCAAAGCCGGAACAGUGCUUGGUACUAGAAGACGCCCCCAACGGGGUCCAAGCCGCCGUCAAAGCGGGCAUGCAGGUGGUAAUGGUCCCUGAUAAGCAAAUUGAAGAAAAGGCCACUAAACUAGCGACACUUAAACUGAAUUCUUUAGAGGAAUUCAGGCCAGAGAUGUUUGGGUUGCCACCUUUAGAGUGAUGUACUACUUUGUAUUUAUUUUAUUAGUUGGUGAUUAAACUAUUUACACUUG